AUGGCCGCGACCACCGCCAUCGGCCGCGCGCUCUUCUCUUUCAUCUUCCUCGCCAGCGCCCUGGAGAAAUGGCGCGCCCUUCGCGCGCACGGCGCCGACGCCGCGCUCUUCCAAUCCGUCACGCCGGCGCUGCGGUCGCUCAAAUCUUCAAUCAACGCCAACGUCGGCGUCGAUCUCUGCGCGCUGCUUCCGAGCGAUCACGCGCUGGUGAGAGCGGCGACGGUCGUGGAGCUCGCGGGAUCCGCGCUCUUCGCGUGCGGGUACGCGCUCGGGGCGAAGAUGUUGAUUCUGUUCACGCUGAGCGUGUCGCUCGCGAUGCAUCCGUUUUGGCGAAGCGCGAGCGAAGCCGCGGUGCUGGGCGACGAGGCGACGGCGGGAAUCGAAAUGAUUAUGUUUUUUAAGAACAUCGCCCUCGUGGGAGCGCUGAUGUUUUGGUUGGGGAUGCGAAGCGAGCUGAGCGAGUUGAGAGAGGCGUCGAAGGCGAAGGAGAAGCGCGCGUGA